AUGGAAGUUCCCUCUUCGUCUUCUAGGACGAGCGUUGAGCACAGCGCGGAUCGCAGGGUGCGAGAACUUUACCGCUUUUACCGCCCCGCCAGUUUUCCGAACGUCGUCCCUUCAUGGCUACCCUCAGGCGAAGAUGUACCCUCAACAGGCUCGAGUUCGGGCAGGAACGGUAGCUCAACCGGCUCCCCAGAUUCGCAGCCUGACGCGUACGACUCGGGUGCGUCGAACAGCAGUGCCACGUCGCGGCCAUCGACGGCUGCCGGACCGGAGGCAUUGAUUCUGGGAUCGUCGAACAAUACUCUCACCUCCUUUUGUCAACUGGCGGCGCUGAGACUGGACGUGGAUCGUGCAAUGAUCUGCGUGUUUGAUCGAGAUGCGCAGUACAUUCUUGCCGAGGCCACUAAAACUUUAUUACGACCGAACUCUUCACCACGAUUCGCCUCGACGACAAGAUGUUUGACCGUCAGUAACAGGACGUUGUUGCAUUACCACCCUCGGACCGCGAAACUCCUAUCUAUCCCCCAUCUCGUCGUGAACGACCUGGCUGAAAAUGAACGGUACAACAAAUCAAGCUUUGUUGCGGGGUCUCCGCAUUUUCGAUUCUUUGCCGGGACUCCCCUAACGACUGAGAAUCGAAUCAACCUGGGGUGUUUGUUUGUGUUGGACACGAAGCCGCGCGAUGGACUUGGGGAGUUGGAACGGGAUACGUUGGGAUCUUUGUCCUUCUUGAUCAUGGAUUAUAUGAAAGUUUGUCGCCAGGCCUCGGAGGGUCGUCGAGCUGCUCGUCUUUCAAGAGGAUUGAGCUAUUUUGUGGACGGGAGCUCGAGUUUUGUGAAUAGCACCGAUGAUUCCCGGGCCAAUAGCUGCCCGCCCUUGUCCGAAACUCCGUCAUCUCGCAACCGUGCCACUGGGACGGAUGAGGACCAGCGCAGCCAAAGUCAAGAUCAAACAUCUCAGGUGGCUUCACACAGUCCUUCCAAUGAUCGGUGUAACGGAAGCAACAGUCAAGACAACGUAUCGCAGACAGCAUCGACCAGUCCACCGAGGGAACGGUUUCCCGGUAGUAACAGUCAGGACAAUGCCUCUCAAAUCGCAUCGCCGAGUCCAUCAAAUGACCGUUCUCUCAGCAAUGACUCUCGCUCCCUCAGCCCCGGCGCCUACGAUAUGAAAUACGACAACACAGCUUCUGGUGGAGGAGCAUCAGGAGUCGGAAGCUCCUUGCCUGAAUGGAUUACGAACAGCAGUCGCAAUCGGCUUCCUCCGGAUGAUUCACACGGGAACUCAUGGUGUUUCCGCCGCGCUGCAAACUUGCUGCGCGAAAGUCUCGACCUGAGCGACGAUGGCGGUGUGCUGUUCCUGAGAGGCAACGCAGACUCCGUUGAUGGAUGGUGA